AUGGGAAAACUGGCCGCGAGCUCUGGCCUGUGCGUCGGAAGUUCCCUGCGGCCGCCUUCACCUCCCGCUACAAAUACUAAUAUUGCACCAGCUACUAAUACUAUUACUAAUUAUACACCAGCUACCAAUACUACAACUACUACUACACCAGCUAUUAAUACUACCAUUUCAAGGGAGCUAUGGCAGACGACCAGCAAUCCUUUGAAAGUAAAAGCACAUCAUGCACAACCCGGUCCUCACGCCGAUGCGGUUGUCUGCGAGGUGAUACCAUCAGAAAAUGUCGUGUGCAAAUCAAAACUGGCCACUGUCCGCCAUUGCCAACACCUACACAUCCUCGACAUGGACAACCUGCCAGCCACCAACUUCACCUGCAAAGAGAAGGUCAUUGGCGGAUACUAUGCGGAUGUCUACACGGGCUGCCAGAUGUUCCACGUGUGCACACUCGACGAGAAAGGCGAGAUCCACGACUACAAGUUCCGCUGCCUCAUGGGGACGGUGUUCGACCAGGAGACGCGCGUGUGCGAGCGCGCGGACGACGUCGACUGCAGCAGGUCCGAGUCGUUCUUCCACCUCAACAACGAGCUGUACGGACCCGGCAUCAUCCCGUCCACGGCAGACACUUCGGACACCUCCAGCGCCGCCACCGUGCAGGUCUUGGAUCCCACUCACGCCCUUAUGGGAGUCCCCGACCCCCACUCAGAUCUUAGUGCCACUUCGGAAGUUCCUCCUUCGCUUCCUUCUCCCUCUCACCCUCCUGUCCCCGCUCCUCUUCCCGCCGCUGAUGCUGCUCUCCCCCGCUCCCUGGGGUCCCCCUCCUCUUCUCCCUCCGCCCCGCAAGCCUCCCCCCAACCGCAGUCCCUGGCGUGGACGCCUCCGCCCCUGCCUGCGCCCCACCUCCGCCCCUCCCUCCUGCGCCUCGCCGCCCAGGCCCAGAGCACGGGGCAGGGCCAGCAGUUCCUGGACGCCCUGGAGCCCACCCCGCCCUCCCCCGUCACGGCGCAGACGCCCCCCGACUUCGAGGACAUCCCCCGACUGACCCGCUUUCAGACCGACGCCUCUGCUCCUCUCUCUACUCUCACUAACUCUGACGACUCUCCUCACAGGCAGAAGAGGCAGACCACGACGCAGGGACUCGCUUUUUCUUCCUCCUUGCCUGUACAGGACGAGACUCUCCCCACAGAGCCUGCAGCGGCUCCCUCGCAGGGCAGUAGGGACCCGACACUUACCUCUAGUAGGCAGAGAGUUUCCUCGAGGGGCCGCGUCAGGUUCAGGCAGCCUAACCCUUCUAGCGAACCAGUUACUAACAGACAAACCUCGAGGUCAGAUCGCAGGAAUCCCAGUAGGGCAGCAGCUGUAGACACUAGGCAGAGAACCCCUCAGACCGCCAGACCCUCCUCCCACAGACGAGUCCAAACUAGCUUGAGCCCCAGAACCGAAGGGGUCAGCCAGGUAGGAGAAACCACCGUAGCUAGACAGCAGGAAGCCCCAGUCACGAGAGAGACCCCCGCCGCGCCCCUCAGACAGAGAGUCAGUGUGACCCCGAGAUCCCAGACAGCUAGGGCAGGCCAGCGGGGCGCGCAGGUGGUUAGACGUAGGCCGGUUCCCCCGCCCUCAGCGCCGGACGCCGAGCUCCGCAGCCAGGUAGACCUAGCAAUAUCAGGAUCAGUGACACGAUCGACGACGACCCGACGGCGGUGUUCGGACCCGUCAACGCCGCGCCCUCCACGACCACCCAGCCGCCCUUCGUGUUCCCCGAGACGACCUUCUCCUGCCACGACAAGAUCCCCGGGGGUCUCUACGCCGACGUGGAAACGGGCUGCGUCGUGUUCCACAUCUGCUCCGUGGAACCGGACUCAAGCACGAAGGACAACAAAUUCGUGUGUGGCGCGGGGACACUCUUUGACCAGACGACCCGCACCUGCCAAGCGGAGCACCUGGUCGACUGCGCGCGCGCGCCCUCGCUCUACUACCUCAACGACCCCCUCAGAGGACCAGUAUUCGUGCAGCUCGAAGCCCAGUUGCCGGAGCAGCAGUUCGAUUUCCCGCGCAUUCCCAUUCCCGAUUCCCAAGAUUCCCGAAGAGUCAAGCGAGAUGAAGCCGACGCCGUGGACCUGUGCCGCACGCGCCCCCUGGGAUCCCCCCUGUCCAAGACGCGCGCGUGCGCCGGGCUCUGUACAGCCUGGCGGCCCUGCAGCAGUGGGCGCAGGAGAACGCCCGCCACACGGCCUUCAUCAACGUGUACACCCUGAACACGCGAGGCAAGGACGGCCUCUUCCCCAAGAAGGCCUUCGGCGACGGCGGCGCGGCCCCCCCUACGGCAGCCAGGAGGGGCGCAGGUACGGCUACAUCGGCCGCAGCAAACGAGACGUGAACAACGUGACCGUCGCGGAACAGGUGCUCCGCGCGAACGAAACCAAGAUCGCUGGGCUGGCCCCGGACGCCCUCGGCGGCCCGGCGGACGUCCGCGAGGAGCCCCGGCCGGCCCCGGAGGCGACCGGCCACGCCGUCAUCGGAGUCGCCCCAAAGACGACCGUGGUGCGGCACACGUCGGCCCCCGCGUCCGUGGUCCACCCCGUCUCGAGCACCGUGGCCUCGGCCGCGCCCUCGCUGCUCACGGCGCUGUCCACUCUCACCAUCACCGAGGCUUCGACGCGCACCUCCAAGACGACCACGUCGACCACCACGGUCACAGUGACGCCCUUCACCGUCACCGUCACCACGACGGAAACCAAAAUCGUCCCCACAGAAACAGCGACGGUGAUCACGAACCAGUCGUCGGGAAGCCCGGCGAGCACUGCAGCGCCUUCGCUCAUCGCAGAAACCAGUCCUCUCCCGACCGUGUCCCUGUCGCCCACCGUCGCGUCUGUCGUCAACUCGGCGGUCACGGAGAGCCUAAGCAUCGACAGCAGCAGUCCCUCGGAAACCAAACCCGAAGCCGUGACUCCUGUCACCGAGGCCAGCUCCUCCACUCCGGGAGUUCCUCAAGAAGCAAGUAUUAGCAAGGAAGUAACUACUACAGCCGCUCCCGAGGCACAAAACACAACCACAACCACAACUACUACAACAAGUACCACUACAGAAGCAGUAGUAAGUUCAACUGUAGGAACCACCACAGCAAGCUCUUCUACAGAAUCCUCAGCAGUAGAAACACCAGUGAAUUCAAAUGCAGAAAACACUACAGUUACUACUACAACAGAAGCCACCACUACAACAGAAGUUACUACUGCAGCGGUAUCUUCUGCACCACAGGCAGUAGGGAAUUCAACAACAGAAAGUACCCCAGUUGCUUCCUCAACAGAGCCAACCGUGGCAGAACCAGCGAUCAAUUCCACGGAGGUAAAAGCACUCGACAGCAGUCCUGAGACCUCAACUACAACCACCACUACUUCUCCUGCUGCCAACGCUUCGACCUCAGGGACGACUGCCAGCCCGGCCCCCGCCUCGUCCUCCCCAGACGCCGCCGCACCCGCCUCGGAAGACGCCUCAGCCGCCAACGCCACGGCCACGACCAGCCAGCCGCCAGACUUCACCGUUCCUGAGGGAAGCAUCAAUGUGUCCACCACGGUCGUGCCUGGCGAGGCGGACGCGCUGGGCAACGGGACCCUCGUCCAGCCGACGCCAGCGCCUCCCACGCUGGGCACCUUCACGAGAGACAACCUCCCCGAGACGAGCUUCACUUGCAAGGACAAACAGCUGGAGCAGUUCUACCCAGACCCGGAGGCCAACUGCCAGGUGUUCCACUAUUGUUCACCAGGGUUUGUCAAACAGCAGGUGCUGGAUUUGAAGUUCCUCUGCACCGGCGCCACAAUGUUCGACAUAAACACCCAGAAGUGUGAGGAUAUGGCUAAUGUCACCUGCAGCUUUAAUGACACUGUUACAACACCACCACCUCCUACUGAGCCACCAACCACCCCAUCAGAAGAACCGACAACAACAACAGUAAUCACAUCUUCAUUAACUACAACAGUAACUACACCCACCACAACAGCAAACACAACAGUAGCGCCAUCAACUACAACGGAAGCGGUGCCAACCACAGUGGCAGCUGCAGGAGACACAACAGAAACCACAACAACCACAACAGAAGCCUCUACAACCACAACAGAAGCCUCUACAUCCACAACGGAGGCACCGCAUGAGGUCCAUCAUAACUGGAAUGCUACAAAGCCGGACGUAAAAGCCAACGAAAGCCUUGUCGAGGAGAAGGCAGCAGAGAUCGAAUUGUUCGAAACCACAACCGUGGAAACGGAGGUGAGAGAAGUGACCGAAGUAGACUUGCCUGAAACUGAAACCGUAACAGAUAGAGCUGCAAGGGAAGAGGUUUCAACCAGUACCGAGGGCUUCGAGGAGGCUUUCGAGACGACCACAGAAUACUUUCUGGUGGAAGAGCCGGAGAUCAACACAGAGCUCGGCCCGAUCGUCCUCGCUCCGGACUCCGCAGAGCAGCAGCCCGUGGAGAGCCCAACGAACCCCGAAAUUUCAGAAACGUCCGAGGCGCCAGAGACCUCCAGCAGCACAACAACGCCCGUCCCAGAACCCACCACAGACGCGUCCACACAGGAGAGCAUAUCGCCCCAGACUCCAGCGCCCACAGAAACCGUGCCGCUGACGGAGGAGGCCCCCUCGGCCAGUGAGGAGCUGGAGUCGAGCGUCGUGUCGAUAGCCAGGAACGCCUCCGAGUCGACCCACACCGCUUCGACGUCGUCCACCGAAGCGACCCUGGCGGAGGCGGCUUUGUAGGGGCCAUCGCGCCAUUGGACUUGAAGGGUAUUAAAUGGCGUGCUGCGAGUCGCGCCUGUAAUAACUUUAUUAAUUCUUCUUCUCUUUUUUGGGGUUUAUUUAUUCUGAGAGAUUAUCAGUGACAUAGGUUUAUGUGAGAGUUAUACCUGUUACCCGUGGUAUUCUGUGCCAAAAAAUAUUUACCUACUCUGGUUCAAGGAGCAGAAAACAUUCCAAAAAGGUAUUAUUUUCAUCACUGUGAUACGUUGCUGAUGUAAGUAUUCGUGAAGAAAAAGGUUUUUUUUAAACCAUUAAUCCAAUAAUAUAACUUUCUUUUUUUUUAAUCUUAAAGAAGUGACACAAACCCUAGACCAUAAUUUGAACAGUCACUCUUUUUUGUCAUGUCAUAUUAUGGGGGGAAAAUCUUGAAAGACGAAACAUGAGGUAAAUUAACUUAAGCAACCCUAGCAUGAAGGCCAGUGAUGGGAUGUGAUAAGAUAAUUAAGGUAGCCGUGUCAGCCAAUUAAAACUCCAUUGAACAGCUUCCCUACGAUGGACUCUGUAUAAAGAAAUGUCUGUUAUUAUUAUUGUACCGCAUGAUAAGUUGUUAGUAAUUUUGAGUCAGAUAAGGUUGUGGCAUAUUAGGCUAGUAGGUGACUUAGAAAUGGACUUGAGGUAUAUGAUAUGUUAAAGAAAAUGUAUUUAUUUGGGAAAUUUGAUUUAAAAAAAAAUAAAAAUGUUUUUUUUAUAUGUACUGAAUUGACGCGACUACCAGCCACCUUUUUUUUUUAACUCGUUUGUACCCUAAAGUGGCAUUUCUAUACUAACCCCUUUCUGGUUUAUUGUUUAAGGAUUAUAUUUAUAUGUAAAUAGGAUUAUCCCCAAGUCCAUUUUUGAGAGCCUUCCAGGGAAAACCGUCUCCUGCUAUUUAGUUAACAGACUCAGCCUUACUAGCAAUUUAUGAGGGAUUAAUAGACACGUGGGUGACAGAGGGAGUGGCUGCGACGGACUACGGACUAUUAUUAACCCUUUCAGUUCAGUUACAGCCGAAGAAAGAACAAGUUUGUUUAUUUUUUAUUGUCUUUAUUACUGGAUAUUACACAUUAAAUCACCAUUGAAAUCCGUCAAUGUUUCAGUUGAUAAGCAGAGUUUGCAUGGCAU